AUGAUCUAUUCGCGUCUUUCUUUCUUUCUUUCUUUCUUUCUUCCUUUCUUCCUUUCUUUCUUUCUUUCUUCCUUUCUUCCUUCCUUACUUUCUUUCUUUCUUUCUUUCUUUUUUGUCUUUCUUUUAGUCUUUCUUUCUUAUUUUAAAUUUAUUAUAUCUAUGAUGAUCUAUUCGCUUCUUUCUUUCUUUCUUUCUUCCUUCCUUCCUUCCUUCCUUUCUUUCUUUCUUUCUUUCUUUCUUCCUUCCUUCCUUACUUUCUUUCUUUCUUUCUUUCUUUUUUGUCUUUCUUUUAUCUUUCUUUCUUAUUUUAAAUUUAUUAUAUCUAUGAUGAUCUAUUCGCUUCUUUCUUCUUUCCUUCCUUCCUUCAUUCCUUCCUUUCUUUCUUUCUUUCUUUCUUUCUUUCUUUGUCUUUCUUUUAGUCUUUCUUUCUUAUUUUAUAUUUAUUAUAUCUAUGAUGAUCUAUUCGCUUCUUUCUUCCUUCCUUCCUUCCUUCCUUCUUUCCUUUCUUUCUUUCUUUUUUGUCUUUCUUUUAGUCUUUCUUUCUUAUUUUAUAUUUAUUAUAUCUAUGAUGAUCUAUUCGCUUCUUUCUUUCUUUUUUCGUCUCCAUUAUUUCCCUUUUCUUUUUCUUGUUCAUUUGUCAUCACCUUUCCGUUCAUCCUGCUCGUCUUUUUCUUCUUCUUUUUCCGAUAUGCUUUUCUUUUUAUAUUUUCCUCUUUUUUUUUCUUUUUGCGCCGUUCUUUCCUCUUCUUUUUACCCUUUUGUCUCUUUUUCUUCCUUCUUCCUCCUCACUCCCCUCCUCCUCUCCUUUGUUUUUCUCUUCGGACAUCUUCGAUUCUACUUCAUCUCCUCGACAUUUUCCAAAUCUUUUUACUCUUCUUCUAUCGACUCAAGAUUUUCCCUAUCAUGACUCGGAUCUCCAUCUGUGCUUCUUCCGGCGUUGAACCGCUGGCAAUUUCAUCCGAUUCUCUUUUAACCCUAACCCUGCCUUCUUUUUCACUUUCAUCACACUCUUUCUCUCUUACAAUCUGUUCCAUAUCUAUCUAUCUAUCUAUCUAUCUAUCUAUCUAUCUAUCUGUUUUUUCUCUUUCUUUUUCCUUUCUUUCUUUCUUUCUUUCUUCAUUUGCUUCUUUUGGUUUCUUUGUAUCUCAUUCUCUUUUUUUCUUUAUCAUUUUAUUUUCCUCCUUUUCUCAUUCUCUUUGCUUUCCUUUCCUUUCUUUACUUUUCUUGUUUUUUUUUCUUUUUCUUUUUCUUUCUUUCUUUCUUUCUUUCUUUCUUUCUUUCUUUCUUUUGCUUUCAUUGAACACAAUUUCUUCUCUAAUUUCUUUCCCAUUUUUUUCAUCAUUGUGUUUUCUGUUCCUCUUUCUUUUUUAUUCUCUUUCCUUUCUCUUUUCUUUAUUCUCUUUCCUUUCUCUUUUCUUUAUUCUUUCUUUAUUCCACUUUUUUUUAUUGUCAUAUUUUCUUCUUGAUUUAAUUUUCCUUUCUUUCUUUUUUCCUCUCUUCCCCUCCUUUCCUUCUUUCUUUCCUUCCUUCCUUCCUUUCUUCUUUCAUUCUGCUGCCUUCGUCGCUUUAUCGCUUCCUUCUAUUUUUCAUCAUACCAUUUAUUUAUUCAUUUCUCACUCAUUUUGCCUCCUCUCUGUCUCUCUUCCUCCAUAUCUUCGUUCCUUUCUUCCCCAAACACUCCUUCUGUUUCCUCUAUUUCUUCUUCUUUUUCCUUCCUUAAGUCCUCUAUGUUGUUUCAACCCCUUUAUUCCUUCCUUCUUUCUUUCCUUAUUUUUCUCUAACCCCCUUCUUCCUUACGCCCUCAAUUCUUUCCUUCUUCGUUCAUUUGUUCCUCUCUUCCUUCCUUCAUCCCUAUUUCUUCUUUCUUUCCUUCCUUACAUUAUCUGUAUUUUUCUUCCUUCUUCAACCUCUUCCUUCCUUCCUUCCUUCCUUCCUUCCUUCCUUCCCCCCGCGUACAUUUCUUCGUUAAUUUCUCUGUUUGCCUCUUCCUUUCUCUAUACCUUCCUUCUUCAAACGAUUUCCUCCUUCUCCUUCCUCCAUCCCUUCUUUCCUUUCUUCUUUAACUAUAUCCCUUCCUUCUAUUCUUCUUCGUGUCAUUCCUUUUCUCUUCUAUUCUUCCCUCCACACGUUCGUUCGUUCGUUCUUUCCUUCUACUUCCUCGAUUUCUUCUUUCUUUCCUUCCUUACGUCAUCUGUAUUUUCCAUCUUACUUCAACCUCUUCCUUUUUUUCUUUCCUUCCUCUUCCUCUAUCCCUUUCUUCCUUACGCCCUACAUUCUUUUCUUCUUCGUUUCUUCCUUCCUUCCUUCUUUCUUUCCUUCACCUCUUCGUUAAUUUCUCUGUUUUCCUGUUCAUUUCACGAUACCUUCCUUCUUCAAACGAUUUCUUCCUUCUCCUUCCUCUAUCCUUUUUUUCCUUUUUUCCUUACGUCCUCCCUAUCUUCCUUUCUUCCUUUUUAUUUUUCUUUUUUCAUGCCUUCGUUCAUUCAUUUCUUCAUCACCCCGUCAUUUUACUUACUUUAA